GCCGCCGCCGCCGGCGAGCGGGACCGGCACCGGCAGCAGCAGGACCGGGACCAGGGAGGGGGCGCGGCGCAGAGCUGUUUCCGUGCCUAGUCCGGAGCCUUGGGCUUUCAACUUGGAUAAUCUGGCGCUAUGCAUCCAGCCCCCGGGCGCUUCCAGGCACUGCUGCUCCUCGCCGGCCUCGUCGCUGCCACCAGCCCAGAUUUAACUCCACGUUUCAUUUCUGAGCCCUCCUCUGCCGUCCAGAAGUCCGGCGAGCCCGUCCAGCUCCGCUGCUCUGCCGAGCCCUCCACAGCUCACCUGUCUUGGCUGUUUAAUGGGGAGCCUCUGGACAGCAGGGCCGGAGAAGUGGAAAUCCAGGCGGGAUCUCUGACAAUCGCCUCCCUCAGCCCGGCGACGUGCGGCCGCUAUCAGUGCGUGGCGAGCAGCGGUGUGGGCGCCGUGCUGAGCCGGCCUGCCACGGUGUCCAUGGGCAGUUUAGGUGACUUUGAUGCCUCAGUGACAGCUGCCAUUGCAGCAGAGGAAGGAGGCUCAGCUCUCAUCGGGUGCAAGGUGCCAGAAAGUCACCCCAAAGCACAGGUUCGCUUCCAAGUGCGGGGGAAAUGGCUGGAACAAUCAAGAGACAACUACCUAAUUCUUCCAUCUGGAAACCUGCAGAUUUUGAAUGUAUCUUUAGAAGACAAAGGAUCCUACAAAUGUGCAGUGUACAACCCAGUCACUCGUGAUCUCAGAGUAGAACUCACUGGACGUAAGCUCACAGUCACACGCCCUUCCUCAGGUGGCUCCCACAUCCUUCACCCUCUGGCCCCCCAGACUCUGGCAGUGCCCCAGCACAGUGCCCUGACACUGGAGUGUGUGGUCAGUGGGGCGACUCCCUCCGUCCGCUGGGUCAAGGACGGCCGGGACGCGCUGGGGCGAGGCCGGUGGGAACUGCUGCACUCCCACCUGGUGACGGACAGGCUGGAGGCAUCAGAUGCUGGGAACUACUCCUGCGUGGUGGGAGCUGACUCCGGAGCAGUGAAAUACGUUAACUAUUCACUUACUGUACUUGAACCUGCCUCGCUCUCCAAGGGGCUCCAGGAUGAAACCGUGGCCGCCGGGGCGACUGUGCAUUUCUGGUGCGACGUCCGUGGCAUCCCCGCUCCAGCCCUCACCUGGCUCCACAACGCCGCUCCCCUCCGGCCCUCCCCGCGGCACUUCCCGACGGGAAACCACCUCUGGAUCUGCGGGGUCACCCCGGGGGACUCCGGCUUGUACCAGUGCGUGGCAGACAAUGGAAUUGGGGUUGUGCAGUCCACAGGGAGGCUCCGUGUCCAGCCAGGCACAGGCUCUGUCCCUGUCAUAGUCUCUUCCCCCGGGAGCGUCACCGUGGUGGCUGGUGGGGAUGUGACGCUGUCCUGCAACGCCACCGGGCUCCCCGCGCCCACUGUCCUCUGGUACGACAGCAGGGGCCUGGUGACCAGCCACCCUGCCCAGGUGCUGCAUCCCAGAGUGCAGAGGCCUCCUCCAGAAGGGCCGGAGCCCUCCUGCCUCUCCGUGUCCCAGGUGGGCUGGAGCUCCCUGCGCCUGCGGAACGUGACUCCGGAGCGCGCCGGCGAGCUCAGGUGCGAAGCCGUCAACGAGCACGGCUCUGCCGUGUCCAGAGCCUUCCUCACAGUCGUUCCUCCAGCAACUGGCACGAGAGCAGGAGAAACAGCUCCUCUGGAGCUUGCCCAGAGCGAUGAGAGCGGGGGUGAUUUCGGUGCAGAGGCGGCGUUUUCGAGCUCCCCUCCGACCAAAGCGCCUCCGGACGCGGCUGCGAUGGACAAAGCGCCGAGCGCGGCCGCCCCGCCCGAGGCCCCCAUCAUCCUGAGCCCCCCCCAGACACCAAAACCGGACACCUACAGCCUGGUGUGGCGGCCAGGCCGGGCCGGGGGGCUGCCCAUCAACGCCUACUUCGUCAAAUACCGCAAGCUGGAGGACAGCGUGAGUGCAGCGGGCAGCUGGCACACCGUGCGUGUCCCCGGCAGCGAGAACGAGCUGCGGCUCACGGAGCUGGAGCCCUCCAGCCUCUACGAGGUGCUGAUGGUGGCCCGGAGCGCCGCCGGCGAGGGCCAGCCGGCCAUGCUGACCUUCCGCACCAGCAAGGAAAGAACAUCAUCCUUGAAAAACACUCAGGCUCCAUCACCACCCAUGGGCAUCCCUAAACAACCCGUUGUUCAUGAAGGCACAAAUAAUUUCGGUGUUGUCCUUCCAGACCUGUCUCGCCACAGCGGAGUUCCAGAAGCUCCAGACCGACCCACCAUCUCCACAGCAUCGGAAUCAUCCGUCUACGUCACGUGGAUCCCCCGGGCCAACGGGGGCUCCCCCAUCACAGCCUUCAAAGUGGAGUACAAGCGCCUGGGUCGCAACAGCGACUGGCUCAUCGCAGCCGACAACAUCUCUCCCUCCAAGCUGUCCGUGGAAGUUCGGAACCUGGAGCCAGGAGAAAUGUACCGGUUCCGCGUGAUCGCGGUCAACAACUACGGGGAGAGCCCGCGCAGCGCCGCGUCCCGCCCGUACCAGGUCGCCGGAUUCACCAGCCGCUUCUCCAGCCGCCCCAUCGCGGGACCCCACAUCGCCUACACCGAGGCCAUCAGCGACACGCAGAUCAUGCUGAAGUGGACGUACAUUACAUCCAGCAACAACAACACGCCCAUCCAAGGAUUUUACAUCUAUUACCGGCCCACGGACAGUGACAACGACAGCGACUACAAGCGGGACAUUGUGGAAGGUACGAAGCAGUGGCACCUGAUAAAUCACCUGCAGCCUGAAACUUCUUAUGACAUUAAGAUGCAGUGCUAUAACGAGGGAGGGGAGAGCGAGUACAGCAACGUGAUGAUCUGCGAGACCAAAGUGAAACGCACGCCGGGAGCGUCGGAGUACCCGGUGAGAGACCUGAGCACGCCGCCGAGCCCCCCGGAGCGGGCGGGGGGCGGCGGGGCCGGGCCCGCCAGCGGCCCCGUGCGCAGCAGCGACAUGCUCUACCUGAUCGUGGGCUGCGUCCUGGGCGUCAUGGUCCUCAUCCUCAUCGUCUUCAUCGCCAUGUGCCUGUGGAAGAACCGGCAGCAGAGCGCCCUGCAGAAAUACGACCCUCCUGGGUACCUGUACCAGGGGACGGAUAUCAACGGGCAGAUGAUCGAGUACACGACCCUGCCCGGCACGAGCCGCGUCAACGGCAGCAUCCACGGGAGCUUCCUCGGCAACGGCCUCGGCAACGGCUGCCCCCACCUCCACCAUAAAGUCGCCAAUGGAGUCAAUGGGAUCAUGAAUGGAGGAGCAGGACUGUACCCAGGGCACACCAACUCCCUGUCCAGGACACACGUGGACUAUGAACACCCCCACCACCUCGUGAACGGUGGCGGGAUGUACACGGCCGUGCCGCAGGCUGACCCCUCGGAGUGCAUCAGCUGCCGGAAUUGCCGGAACAAUAACAGGUGCUUCACCAAAACCAACGGCACCUUCGGCAGCGCCGCCCUGCCCGUGGUGCCCCUGGGAGCCCCUUUCCAGCAGGACGGUGUGGAGAUGAAGCCCCUGAGCCCCCACGUCAUGGUGGCCAUGUGCUUGGCCUCUGCUGUCCCGGAGUGCAGUGCCCGGCUGGAGGAGGACGGCAAGGAGGGCUCGGAGCAUCCCUCCCCCCAGCACCCCUGCUGCCAGGAGGGCGUGGGCCGGCUCUCCGUGGACUGCAUGGACGGCGACAGCUGCGUGCACUCGGAAACAUCGAACCACAUUCUGAGCUGGAGUCCCCUCAUUCUGCAGCCUGUUUCCAAGGACUGUAAGGAAAAACCAGGAUGGAGUUCAUCCGGAGUCACCUUAAACGGUUCUGGGGACCUUCGGCAGCUCCAGCUGCGGGAAACCUGAGGAAGUGACCGUUGUCCCCACUGAACGCCAGGAACUGCCAGUGUCGCUGAGAGGGAGUGACGGGGGGAUGUUAAUUAUAACAGAGAGAGUCACUAUUUAUUUUUUGUAGUAGUGUCAUAUGAAUGUAUCUUGGUUUUCAAAAUGGUUGCCUUUUUAUAUUAUUUAUGCCUUGAAAUCCCUUUUUGUUUUUUUUUUUUGUGGUUUUUUUUUUUCCCCCCUCACACGCCGCGAAACUAGCCCUGGUUAUGUGUAUAAAAAAGAAUUGUAAUAAUAUAAAGAACGAGGAUGGGAAAUGUGGAGUGCGUUUCCGUGGCAUGUUACCAGUGUGAGAAGCACUUCCGAGGAGCCCGGGACAGGGAUUUGAGCAGGUCUGAUGUGGUGACCAAUGGCUGCCACCUCCCUGGCAGCUCGGCGACGUGGUACUCAAACCAUCCUUUCCAUGAACACAUCCCAUCCUCUUUUGGUUUCUCUGGGAAGAUCUCAAUGGGAAAAUGAGAAAAUAAAUAAGAAAAAUCACCCUCAGCUGAGUCCGUCCAGCGCAGCUGAAGCAGAUCUUGGGUCGGUGACUGUGUCUUCAGAUGCUUGAUAACCCUUCUGUCUGCAGAAGUACAGGGGGAAAUCCAGCCUGUCUCACCUUGCCGCUCACAGAAGACAAAAUCCAGUUCUACUCUUGCUUUGAGGGAGUACUGACAGCUUGGAUAGCUCCGAAAUGAAAGCAGUGGUGUCGGAGCAGCUCCCACCGGCCCCGCGCGUGGCUGUCAGGAACCCACCCGCCCCGGACACAGCACGAUGGAGGUGUUGCAACCUUAACUGCAGGGUUUGGGGUUUUGGAUCCUCCCAGCCGAAGCUGCCUUAUUCUGAAGUUCCCUGCAAACCCUGGACCUCACACCCAUGGGUUUUGACUGGCAUGUACCCUGGAGCCACCACAGAGCCCCCUCCUCCCCCUUUGUUUAUCUCCUCCUUGCAGUCUGGACUUUCCCUUCACAGGACCUCCCCUUUACCAUGGAGAGGCUGGAGUUCACCUCUGGCUGCUUCGUCCUCCCCGAACACUGAGAUUUAACCACGGUUUUAAACGACCUUGCUUAAAUCCCCCCCUGUAUCGUGGGUGUGUUGGAUAAAGACACUCUGUUUUCCAGAGAAUCCGUAAUAUCCCUUUGAAAUGUUAUGUAUUUGGAAACGAUGCUGUUUUGCAGGGGUUUGGGGUAGGGUGUGUAUUUUUGGGGGUGAUGCUGCUCUUUGGCCAGCAUGGGGAUUGAUGCUCUGUGGGCACUGAUUUGAGGUGUCACUCGAUACUUCCCAAUGGAUAAUUAACCAAAUAUAGGACAAAUGGCCCAA